GCCUUAUUACCCUUCGGGACCCCGCUCGCCCCCUGCCCAGCGCCUCGCCGGCCCAGCUGGGAGAGGCCGGCAGCCGUUCCUGUCGGAGGGCAGGGGAGAGAGGGUCCCUGAGCCUGGCUGGGUGGGGGGGACGGUCUUCCCUUUCCUGCACAUGUCCAGGACCCCCGCAGGACCCCCCUCGGCUUUCUAGUCCCCACCAAAAUGCAAAAGUUCCCUCCUGGAAGGAGGCUGACCUGGGCCAGAUAAGUUUCAGGCAGGGAAAAUGGGACGAUAAAAGCCUUCCCUGCCCCAGCCCGAUGACCCUCCACUUCCCUAUCGAUGCCGUCCUCGGGACGGCAGGGGCUGGGAGUGCUUUGGAGGGCUCCCGUCCUAGGGGUUCUGAGCCCUGAGCCCUUUAGGCCACUGAUCUCCAGAGGCGACGGAUGAAAUGUGGUGCUCCCCGCAGGGUUUCCUGCAAAUCUGGAAGGUCGCUGGACCCUGACCUGAUAUUUCCUGCCCUGCAGGAUCUCCCAGCAACUCCUGGGUCGACCAUAUGUUUGUGAAAGAAAGUACCUGCCGGCCACAGCCGGCCACUCGCCCGGCCCUCUCUGCAGAUAGAAAAAUCUGCAAACAAACCUCAACGUCUCUCCCCGAGACACUUCACAGACGACCCCGAGGAGGCUAGAUCUCGGGCUUUUAGGGAAGGGUCGAAAAUGCAGCUGAAGUGCCCAGUCUGCCUGGGCCCUGGGCGAUGGGAGAAAAUUGGCCCCGGGAGAGAGAAAAAGAGAAGAAAGAGGGAGGAAAAAAAGAGGAAACGGAGAGAGGAAAAGAGCUGAUGUCAGUCAGUUGCUUUGCAGACAGAUUCCAAACCUACCAACCCACGCUCAUUUUUACCAGCCCUGACCCGGCCAGUGUCCUUUGUUGGGGGAGGGGGGAGGUCUAGAGAAAAAAACUGUCCCGAGUUUGCAUGUUCAAUUAUCGCAUCUACUCUUACUUGCCGGUUCAUACCCAUGGGGUCCCGGACCUGUACUAAUCUGCACGGCGGCCUUGGGCGAAGAGAGGAGACCGGGAGAGAGGGGAGGUGUUUUCAGACCCCCCCAGUAGAGCUGAGGUGGGGAACAGAGAGGCAGGGGAGAAAAAGAUGAAGAGAGGAAUGGAGAAGGACAGAAUGGAGGGAGUGGGACCCGGGUGUAGGGGAAGAAUGGGGUCAGAGAGGAGGAAACCAGAGAUUUAGGAGAGCAGAAGGAGAAGAGAGGGCAACGGAGAGGGAUGUGGAAAUUGUGGAGGGAGAGAGUCGUGAAAUACGGGAGCAGUGUGGGGGAGAGGAACUGGAGCCUGGUCCGUAUCGACCCCCUCCCCACCCACACUCCAGCCCCUCUGGUCAUCCUGUGGGUGAUGACCCGGCCCCAGGGCAUGCGGUCAAGCCUGGACCAGCCCACUCGAUGGCGGUCCUCCCCUCCCAGACCUGGUCCCCAGCCAGUUUGGAGUUCACUUUCCUCAAUGAGUUCACCGGGUCGACUGUAGUCAGGGAAAGCCAGCCCUGGCUUUUUGUCAAAACCACAAGCCGAUCGGCAGAGAGAACGACCCAGAUCAAGGUCUCUAAAAAGCGGGCGAUAGCAUCGCGGUGUCACAUGGGGAACCUUCUUAAAGUGUUGACUUAUAACGAGCUUGAACAUGGCCCUAAUUUUUUCCUUGACUUUGAACAUGCCCAGCCCACAGAGGCCGAGACGGCGGUGUGGAACCAAGUCAAUGCGGUGCUGGAGGAAGCUCAAACCAUCCUGGCUGAACUGCAGUCCUACACAGGAGCGGGCCAGGAAAUUAGAGAGGCCAUCCAGAACCCCAAUGACCUCCAGCUACAGGAGAAGGCCUGGAAUGCAGUGUGCCCUUUAGUGGCUAAACUGAAGCGCUUCUACGAGUUUUCUCUUCGGCUCGAGAACGCCCUGCGCAGCCUGCUGGAGGCCCUGACCAGCCCCCCGUAUGCCCCGACCCAGCACCUGGAGAGGGAGCAAGCCCUCGCUAAGCAGUUUGCCGAAAUCCUCCACUUCACGCUCAGCUUUGACGAGCUCAAGAUGACCAACCCGGCCAUCCAGAAUGACUUUAGCUAUUACAGAAGAACCAUCAGCCGAAACCGCAUCAACAAUCUGCAGUUAGAUGCCGAGAGUGAAGUCAACAACGAAAUGGCUAACAGGAUGUCCCUCUUCUAUGCAGAGGCCACGCCGAUGCUCAAAACUCUAAGCAACGCCACCACUAAGUUUGUCUCCGAGAACAAGACUCUCCCCAUCGAAGACACCACUGACUGUCUAAGCACUAUGGCCUGCGUCUGCAGGGUGAUGCUGGAGACCCCGGAGUACAGGAGCAGGUUCACCAACACGGAGACCCUCCUCUUCUGCAUGAGGGUCAUGGUCGGCGUCAUCAUCCUCUACGACCACGUGCACCCCGUGGGGGCCUUCGCCAAGACCUCGAAGAUCGACAUGAAAGGCUGCAUAAAGGUCUUGAAAGAUCAACCUUCAAACAGCACCGAGGGGCUCCUGAACGCUCUGAGGUACACCACCCGGCACCUGAACGACGACACCACCUCGAAGCAGAUCCGGGCCCUGCUGCAGUGAAGCGCCCCCCGGGCUGGGUCCCGGAUGGGACCCGGACCUUCGGCAGUAUUUUGAUGUCGACACGAUGUGACUAUAAAUAACCACGACCAUGCCCCUCGUUUUGUAAAGAAAGGGAAAAGCUUAAAAAAAAAAAUAAUCUGA